GCUCCGCAAGGUUGGCAGCGCAAGUCCACACUCUCCUUCUUUCCGGUCCAAAAUGACCUUCACACGUUUUGUGGAGACUGGCCGCGUGGCCAAAUGCGCCUCUGGAAAAUACAAGGGACGUCUUGUAGCUAUUGUCAAUGUUAUUGACCAAAAUCGGGUUCUUAUCGAUGGCCCCAUCACCGGUGUUCCUCGUCAGCAGUACCCCGUAAAUCACCUCCAUCUGACCAAAUACCGCGUCAAGUUUCCGUACACCGCCAAGACUAAGGUCGUUCGCAAAGCUUUGGAAGCAUUCAACCUCAAGGAGAAGUUCUCCAGCACGAGAUGGAACGAGCGCGCGGUCGCCAAGGCUAAGCGUUGCAAUUUGACCGACUUCGAUCGGUUUAAGCUGCGUCUAGCCCGCGCCGAACGUAAUCGCAUUGUCGGCAAGCAGUACUGGAAGCUGAAGCGGGAGGUUGUUACCAACGGUAUGCUGUUCGGUAAGCUGGUGAAGGGCACCAAGCCACUGCCGAAGCGACGCAAUCCAAUUGCGAAGAAGGAAGGCAAGAAGAAGCGUGUCAGGAAGGCUAAGAAGGUCACAGCCAAGAAGUAAAUUAUAAGAAUUCGUGCGAGUGUGUGCCGAAGAAACGGGAGAAAUAUAAAUAAUAAUGAAAAAAUCUACACAACAA